AUGGAGAACGCACAACAAGCGCAGCCAGCGCCGGGUACGCUGAGCUGGAGACUUAGCAGCCACCCCAUAACGCUGCUCACCUUUCUCUUUUUCCGCGUUUCCUCCCUCCUAACCUACCUCUUCGGCCUCCAACUCUUCACCAAAAACUUCGUCCUCAUCUUCAUCAUCACAAUCCUCCUCCUCGCAACCGACUUCUACUACCUCAAAAACAUCGCCGGCCGGCGCCUCGUGGGACUACGAUGGUGGAACGAAGUCGACCCUGCUACAGGGGACUCCAAGUGGGUCUUUGAGAGCGCCUCCGAGGGCGAGAGAACGCAGAAUGCGACCGAUAAGCGCUUCUUUUGGAUUGCCUUGUAUGCGCAGCCGGUGCUGUGGGUUGCAUUGGCAAUUGUGGCGCUCGUUGGGUUGGAGUUUAUUUGGUUGACGCUUGUGGGUGAGUGGAGUCUCUCGUUUCGUGCCAGUCCAGUAAAAGGAUUUUGUUGGGGAGGAAUUGAGGAUGUUCUAACAGCAACAGUCAUCGCCCUCAUCCUAACAAUCACAAACACCCUCGCCUUCUCCCGCUGCGACAAAUUCAGCCAAGCGUCUGGCUUCGCGUCGAGCGCUGUGUACGGCUCCGGCUUAGCGAGGAAUCUCGCCGGGGGCAUGGUUAGCAGCUGGUUUAACAGGCGUUGA